ACGCUACACCGGAAGUAUCAGGUGAGAGGGAGCGGCGCCGCCGAGGCCUCACCGCUAUGGGCCGCAACAAGAAGAAGAGGCGAGAUGGCGACGGCCGGCGGCCGCGGCUCAUUUUGAGCUUCGACGAGGAGAAGCGGCGGGAGUACCUGACAGGCUUCCACAAGCGGAAGGUGGAGCGGAAGAAGGCAGCCAUUGAGGAGAUCAAGAAGCGGCUCAAGGAGGAGCAGAAGAAGCUCCGGGAGGAGCGCCACCGGGAAUACUUGAAGAUGCUGGCAGAGAGAGAGGAGGCGCUGGAGGAGGCAGACGAACUGGACCGGCUGGUGACAGCAAAGACAGAGCCGGUGCAGUACGACCACCUCAACCACACGGUCACCGUGACCACCAUCAGCAACCUGGACUUCUCAGCGGCCCGGCUGCUCGGACUGCCCCCGCCUGAGGCUGUGGUGGUGGAGAACUUUGGAAUCCAACUCUGCCCGUGUCAUCCCUGCUUUAGGGCACACGUGGCCUUUCUGCCCACGGCCUUCUCUGAGCCCCGACCCAGCAAGGGGCCGGGCACAGGUCUGAGGAGGGGGCGUCAUCCGCGGAGAAGCCGACCAGAGCCUUACGCAGGAAGUCCAGAGACCCUCUGCUGUCCCAGCGGAUCUCCUCUCUCACGGCCUCACUGCACGCGCACAGGCGCAAGAAGGUCAGGAGGAAACAUCCCAGCCGGGCCCAGGACUCCACCAAGAAGCCCCCAAGCGCCACUCGUACCAGGAGACCUUCAGGUGCGGCUUCAGUGCUGAUGGAAGCCAGCCUGUUAGUGACCCACGUCACCCACACUCCCCGCUCUUCUCCGGACCGAGCUGGGCUGGUGGCAGAAUCCAGGUCCAGCUGCCUCAGGUGGAUGUGGUGCCGGUGAGGACAGCCGGAGCAUCUGUUCUGGAGACUGUCAGACCCCACUUGCGCUGACUGGUUCCUGUGACUCUGGGCCAGGGCACAGGAAUUUCAGGUUGCACCCUGAUUAGUGGAGCUGUGUCGGGCCCUGACACUAGGACUGCAAAGGCGAGACACAUGAGCUCUAGGCCCCUGUGCAGCUGAUGCACUAGUGAGUGUGUGUGAGGGGAGCGCAGGUUCUGCUCAGCCGUGGGACGCGGGGGCUCCUGGAGGAGGGGAGCAGGGAUCGGGGGUCCGCAGAGCCGGCCUUCCCCUCCACUCACCCCGUGGCGGGGCUGCCAGGAGCAGCCCUGGCCCUGCACUGGGCAGGCGUUCUCCCCUGUCACCAUCAGCCCGCCGUCUGGUGCUGGCUGCUGCGGGGCUGAAGGCCACACCUGGCCGUGCGAGUGUGAAGCUCAGGGCUUGUGGCUGGGAGGCCCGGUCACCUGGCUUCUUGGCUCCUUCCACCUGCUCUCCCUGCUGCCUUCCUGUUGUCCUCCCCGUGCUUGGGGUGGGGCGACUUGCCCCGUUCGGCUGCCUCUAUCCAGGGCAGAGGGCAGAGCUUGUACAAGCUGUCCAGGUGGUUCUGGUACUUGGCCCGGGGCAGUGAGUCUCUCCCUCACAGCCCCUUGUGAUCAGGAGCAGAGAUGAGCCUGGGGAAUUCGCGCACACAGCCGGGCUGGGGUUUGAGUCCUGGCUCAGCCGCUGGCCCACUGUGUGAGCUCCUCACUGCUGACUUCACUGGGACUGUUUCCCCACGUGUGAGAUGUCAUAAGACACCUAUCUCGCAGGCCUGCCUGGAGGCUGAAGGGAGACCAUGUGCAUUAACCUCUUCCCACGGCUCCUGACUUUCCCAGGUGUGUCUUCCGUGUGUGCGUGGCUGCCGCUGAGACACCAUGCCGGGCUCUAUUCUCCACCCCCAAUGACAUAGGAUGUUUUACAACUUAAACCUAUAUUUGUAAUGUUUACUAGUAUUCAGUUCUCAUCCACUCUCUCCCACGUGUGCCCUCGGAAACCAGCAGACCAAGGAAAUUGAAUCAUGGUAAUUUUUGCCAAUCCUAAGAUUGAAAGUGAUAGAGUCAGAACUCUCUGGAGAACUUGUCUUUUCUCUCCAUGUUCUACCUGGAUUCUUCCUGUCGCUCCCCAUCCUGUGGGCCCUGUGGUUUGGGACCUCUAGGAGGUUAAUCAGGAAACAUUAGAUUUAGCUACAUAUAAUAUGAAACAAGCUUUUAAAAUAACUGGCUUAUGUAAGAGAGGAAUUCUCAGGUUAACAAAGAUGGAAGGUAGCUAGCCUGGAGUGGAGAUGGCAGGCUUUUAGCUUUUUGUUUUGUGCCAUUUUCAACAUAUGGGUUCCACCUCGUGGUGGUCCAAGAUGGCUGCCUGAGCUUCAGCCAUCAUAUCUGCCCCUCAGCUGCAGGAAGGAGGAAGGGACGAAGGUCGGGGCCCUCCUUUUAGGAACACUUGAUGCUUGUGCUAUUAGGUAGGCGGCAAAGGCUUAGGGCAGGAGGAAGAGGGAGCUCCCAGUUGCAGGGAAGGCUGGGGUCCGUGGUCUGUUCUGGAAAACCGUGUACCCACUAAGAAUUGGGGAUUACGUUACUAAUGGGAGAAUUGGUGUUGGGGUGCAAGCAGCACAUUCUCACACAGGAGCCAAAUAUGUAAAGGGCUGUCCAGAGGGGAUCCAACUGUGGAACUAAAGCCAUAGCAGACGCUCAUCCAGAUGUUCCUGUUACCGCAGUGAACUUCCCAGAUGGGUCAGGCCUGUGCUAGUAAAACAAGGAGCAAUGGCCAUGGUUACUGGGAGCCAGGCCUCAGCUCAGUAGAGGAAAGAACUCUCCUAGUAGGAUCCGUUUUGGGGUGGCCUGAUUCUCCCCUGGGGGCUGAGGUGAGCAGGCUGGGUGGAGCUGCCUGCCAGCGCCUGAAACUGAGGAGGGGAGGGAUCUGAUGUUAAGCCUCAGCUUCCUUCCUCUCCAAAAACCCCUUGACCUUGAUGUUCCCUGGACUUGAGCUGUUGCCCUCCCUUUAGCUGUGUGGAGGACUCUGGGGAGGGGUUCCCAAUUCAUCGUGAGCUUGGAGGGCUUACUGCCUGCUCUUUUGUGAGCAGGUCCAUCUUAGAAAAGCCCUCCUGGGACUUCGUUGGUGGUCCAGUGGUGGUUAGGACUCCGUGCUCCCAAUGCAGGAGGCCCGGUUCGAUCCCUGGUCGGGGAAAUAGAUCCUGAACGCUGCAACAAAACUAACAGAUCCCACUUGCUGCAACUAAGACCCGGCGCAGCCAAAUAAAUAGUUAUUAAAGAAAAAGAAAAAAGAAAAGCCGUCCUGUUCCGAGCAAACAUCUGCCUCCUCCAGAUGCCAGAGAAGCCCUUUAGGUGUUUGCACCCUGCCCUCCACCUUUCUCACCUCGGCUCUGAGCUGCCUCCUCCGGGAAGCCUUCCCUGACACCUGGCAAUCAGUCAUUUCUCCAUCUGGGCUCCCGGGAUACUUUGCGUUUCUUUCUUUUAAACACUGAACGUAUUAUAACCUGGUUACCUCUUUCCCCCCAGCCAGGCCCUGAGCUUUCUGAAUGGGAAGUUGUGUCGGUCAUUUCUGUGUUUCUGCUGUUGAAACAAGACCUGAAUCGCUGUAGGUUUUUGGCCAGUUCUGGCUGGAUUACACUGGACCCAUUCCCCCUCCUCACAGGUGUUCCCACGUAACCCUUGAAAUAAUCUUUUUGAGAUUUUCUUGGCCCUAGUGCCAUUCUUUCCUGUCUGCAAGUUUCCGAAUCUAGUUUUUUUUUUUUUUUUUAACAUCUUUAUUGGGGUAUAAUUGCUUUACAAUGGUGUGUUAGUUUCUGCUUUAUAACAAAGUGAAUCAGUUAUACAUAUACAUAUGUUCCCAUAUGUCUUCCCUCUUGCGUCUCCCUCCCUCCCACCCUCCCUAUCCCACCCCUCCAGGCUGUCACAAAGCACCGAGCCAAUAUCCCUGUGCCAUGCGGCUGCUUCCCACUAGCUAUCUACCUUACUACGUUUGUUAGUGUGUAUAUGUCCAUGACUCUCUCGCCCUGUCACAGCUCACCCUUCCCGGAAUCUAGUUUUUUCUCCUCAUCGCCACAACCGUCUCCCGUGGGCCCUUGCUGAAACCUUCCCUGUCCAGUGAGCUUUGCCCUCUCCCUUCCCCCUUAGCCAUCGUGAUUGGCAAGUAACCAAAAGAAGGAGGACGGAAAACAAAUUUACCAAGCACCUCCAAUGUGCCAGUGAUGACAUUAACUCAACAGCAGCACUGUGAAGUGGGUAGUACCUCCAUUCGACAGUUGAGAAAACUGAGUCUCAGGUUAAGUUACAUCAAAAGUUACCCCGUUAUAGAUAAUAAGACAUGAUCCUCACGUCUCAUGAGGGAGACAGACACAUAGAGAUCACCCUGGAGGUCGGUUCAAUAAAGUAUAGGCCCGGGGGGCACAGAACAGAGAGGAGGCGACAUUGAAAGGAGUCUUGGAAGAUGGCUUGGCCAGGUGGAUGGGAGAGGGGAUGGGCAGGCCGAGAGCCCUUGGUGAGCAAAGGUGGGGGAGGGGUGGUCAGCGGAGAGGAGAAAGCUGCAGAGGCCGGCAGGGACCAGACCCUUAAGGGCCUCAGAUACUGAGCUAAGGAUCUGGACCCUUAUCUUGGGGCAGCGGGAGCCUCCGAUGUGGGAGUGGGGGUUGAGCCUGGGGAGAGUCAGAGUCAGGGAUUCAUUUGAGAGAAAUCUCCCUGGUGGCAGCGUCAGGGUGCACCAGGGGGACUGGAAGCUCCAAGACCCUCCAGCAAUAAUCCAGGGGAGGGGUGGGUAGACCCUUCUCUCAUGCAGGUACCACUUGCUCUCUCAGCAAGUGUUUACUGAGCACCGGUAGGGAAGUGCUUAGUAAAGCACCGGUAUUGGGUGGUUAGCACUGGGGAUACACUGGUGAGCAAGACAGGGUGGUCCGUGCCCUCCAGGGACUUACAUUCCCUGAGCUGUUUCUAUAGGGACAGAGAGGAGGAGAGGUGAUAACAUUUACUGAGCACUCACUGUAUACCAGGCACUCUUUACCUGGUUCAACUCACUGAGUUCUCACCAUAACCCCACAGGGUAGGGAAUUCCAUUAAGCCCAUUUUGCAGGUGAGGCACAUUGAGAUGCCCCCCAACCCUUCCCUGAUGUCCUCCAGGACACUGUUUCAGCUGAGUUCUAACUGCUCACUGUCUCUCAGUUGGAGCUGGGAUUUAAGCUGAGGGUCAUCUCUGGCUGGGCACAUGUACAUCUCCAGGGAAGGAUCAAGAAGGUAGAUAUACCCAAGCCAUGGGUCCUUCCGCAAAGAAAUAAGUCACACCCUAGAUACCUACGUUAACACUGCCGGACUCACUGAACAAACCCAAAGAAACGGGAGGUGGAGAUGCAGGAUCUUACCUCCAGGGGGCGCCACUCACAUGGUCGACAAUGUGAAAGACACCCCAGGAACAACGGGAGUCUUGCACAGGAGCCCGGCAGAGUGAGCCCUCACUUAAGGCUGGGGAAGCCAGGGAGGGCUUCCUGGAGGGGGUGGGCAUUUAAGCCAUAACUAAAGGAUGAAAAUCUGUGAUUUACCAUUUCAGAGACACUGCAUAAAAGAGAAGUCCUGAGGAUUAGUUUGAUUUGACUCACAUAAUGUUUAAAAACGAUUUGACGUAGCCAUAUUUAAAAUUUUUUGAGGUUUUAUAUAAAAGUUCAGAUCUCCAGCUUCAGCUUCUGCAGGCUUUGGAUCACCACUUUACAGGGUAGGUAGCUUUGGGCUGGAGCCAGCCCUGAUGACUGCUUUAGAGACUCAUAGCUUCCAGCCCCUGCUCCACUGGGUUACAGCCCCCUGCAUCGCUACCUUGCCUGCCCAGACCAUGUGACACUCCAACAGGCCUGUGAGCCCGGAGGCCUGGGAUGACCCUUCCCGCUUGAUCAGUGAGGAAACUGAGGCUCAGGAGGGUAGAGUGGGAUUAGAACUGUCACUUACUGUUCUGCUUCCCCAAAUCUCUGAAGAGGUAUGUCUGCGCCGAGGGGAAGGGCGUGAGCCAAGGGGUGGAGGUGAGCAGGCACAGACUCUUCAGGGAGCAGAAAGGGGAAUGGGAGGCUGGGGCUAAAUGGUGACAAGUGGGAUGCUGCCCUGGCUGCCACCAUUAUGCCCUGAGCCAUCCCACAGAACUCAAGAGUGUGUUUUCAGACCAGGCACUAUCAUCGAGGGUCUGGGUGGCUUUGGGCAACUUGCUUGAGUCUUGAGUUUCCCAUCUGUACAAUGGGGUUGUAGCUGCCCUUCCCAUCACAAGGAUGAAAGUACCAGUGUCCCCCACAGGAGGGGGCUCCCUCCAACAGACCCCUUCACUCGUCCCAACACACCCUUGGCUCACCGGCCCCCUUCAGGACCCUGGCUGCUGCCCAACCCCGAUCCCCCCACCGCAACUGUUUUCCCUGCCCUGGAGGAAUGUAACCAGGUAGCUCCAGAGCUGCGGAGAGCACUCAGGACAGCCCACCAAUCCCACCCACUGACUGUCCCCCUCACCUCCUUAUUCUUUCCCCUCCAGCCUCACCGCUUCUUUCCCCUCAGCCUGAAAUGCUUUUCCCAGGACCUGCAGGCUCACUGCCACGUCUUCUCCAGGUCUUUGCUCAAAGGUCGCCAUCUCAGAGAGGCCAUCGCCGACCACCUUAUUUAUUUAUUUUUUAAUGUUUAACAUUUUCUAAAUAAUUUAUUUUUGGCUUUUUGUGAUGUUAAGUAAGAAAUAGAGCCAUUGGAAUUGUUUUAUUGACUAAAUAUAUAUGUGUAUAUAUAUGAGAUCCAGCUGUAAAUACUUCCUGACCACCUUAUUUAAAAAGUAAUGCUCUUGGGCUUCCCUGGUGGCGCAGUGGUUGAGUCCGCCUGCCGAUGUAGGGCACAUGGGUUCGUGCCCCGGUCCGGGAAGAUCCCGCAUGCCGCGGAGCGGCUGGGUCCGUGAGCCAUGGCCGCUGAGCCUGUGCGUCCCGAGCCUGUGCUCCGCAACGGGAGAGGCCACAACGGUGAGAGGCCCGCGUACC